UUGUACAGAGAGAGGUUGUGUUUGUACUUUGUACAAUAUAUUGUUAUACUUCAUAGUUUCUCUACCUACUUUUUCGGUUCUUACUGUGUUUUAAAUUUUAUCCAUGAUUGUUGGAAAUCAUAGCGCAAAUAAGUACGUGUUUUGUGAAAUAUGUGUAACAUAAUCAUCGAAGCUAAUAUUUUUUAAAUUAUUAAAGUAUUUUAUGAACAAAUUCGAUAGCUGACCGAUGCAAGAUGCUUUAUUUAAACAUUUUGAAACAGUCUACGAUUGUUCACUUAUGUUUUGCUAUAUCAUACUUCACAUCAGGCUUAAUAUUAAGUCUUAUUCAAGCUAUUUUAUUCUUUAGCUUAAAGACAUUCAAUAAAACAUUGUACAGGAAAAUAAAUUAUUAUCUUUCAUACUCAUUUUACUGUCAAUUAGUGUUUAUGUCAGAAUGGUGGUCGGGUACAAAAUUGUCUAUUUAUGUCAAGAAAGAUGAAUAUGAUAAGUACUAUGGGAAAGAACAUGGGUAUCUCAUAAUGAAUCACAGUUAUGAAGUGGACUGGCUUAUGGGAUGGCAUUUCUGCGAUGGGAUACAAGUUUUAGGCAACUGCAAAGCCUAUGCUAAAAAGUCCAUACAGUACUUGCCGCCUAUUGGUUGGAUGUGGAAAUUUUCAGAAUUUGUAUUUUUAGAAAGAUCGUUCGAUAAAGAUAAGGAAAUAAUAAAAACUCAGAUAUCAGAAAUUUGUGACUAUCCAGAUCCUGUUUGGCUACUGUUGACGCCGGAAGGAACCCGGUUCACAGAUAAAAAACAUGAAGCUUCACUUAAAUUUGCCAAAGAAAAGAACCUACCACUUCUCAAGCAUCACUUGACGCCUCGUACUAGAGGUUUUACGACCAGCCUUGAAUACUUUAGAGGCAAGAUACCCGCCAUUUAUAACAUACAGCUAGCCUUUGAGAAGGAUAGCAAAGUUCCACCAACAUUAACGAGCAUGUUGUAUGGCAAGCCGGUUCAUGCACAUCUCUAUAUCGAGAGACUACCCGUCGAGAAUAUUCCCAAAGACGAGGCCGAAGCCGCUAAAUGGCUACACGACAUUUUCGUUAUAAAGGAUAAAAUGCAAGAUUCAUUCGUCAAUACAGGCGACUUCUUCCUUGAAUCUGGGGUAGAGAGAGUGGAGCCGUUCCAACGGCCUAAACGUAUUUAUUCACUCGUGAAUACCCUGGGAUGGGCCGCUGUAACUCUCACCCCGAUGCUCUACUACCUCCUCGGCCUUCUAUUCAGUGGGAAACUACUUUAUUUCUCAAUCGGAGGUGCUAUUCUCGCGGCAUUCUAUAUUCUACUUCAAAAGUCUAUAGGAAUGUCCAAAAUCAGCCAAGGAUCGUCAUAUGGAACAGAGAAAAAGUAAUAAAUUAAACCUUAUUUUUCAAUGACAUUGCAGGUGGAAAAUUAUAGAUAACUGUAAAAAAACAGUAUUGUAAAAAAAUUUUAUUUUAGAAAAAGUGUGUUCGGUUUAUUUUACUAAAUGUAACUAACUGAAGUACGUCGAAGUUCAAGGUGAUUGCAAUAAUCAUUUUGACAACUCAUUGAGAUAAUUAUAUUUUUAAAAAGAAGUAUUUAUCGAAAUUAAACAUUGUUAGAUUUUACAAUGACGGUAUCCAGAAACUUUUUAUGACUUGAAAUUUUUGUUUUAUUUACAUAAGAAUGUAUAUGUAAUGACUUUAGUUUAUUAUCUGUUGUUGCUACUGUAAAAAAAAAAACAAACAUUCAAUUUAGAAAGCC